CAAUGUCAAGGUAUAUAUUUUGUCAAACUAUUUUGAACCAAUCUUUUAUAACAAGAAAAUACAACGUACCUGUUUAUUACUAUUUUUUAUUGGAAAACUAUUAUUUACCUUAGAAUGCCUGAGCACCCCAAGCUGCCGCAGAGCGCGUCGCCCGUGGCCAGGUCCGGUGGUGGCGACAUCUCGGAGAAGGAGCUCUCCCGCGAGAGGUGCAUACUGUACGCCACACCCACUACUGCCAUGCGGCACCAACGAGCGCAUCCCAAGAAGCAGCUGUUUUCUGCCCCCGUGAACAAGUUCACUGCCAAAACUGCCACUUCUGGUCGCAACUUGUCACGAAUAAGAAGCUGCCUAGACGAAUAUAAGAAGACGCCAGUGAAGGCUAUGAAGAUUCAAGAAAAGGCCGUGUCAAUGGAGGACUUGACUCCUUCGAAAAGGAUAAAGAAUGAAAACAACGACAAUCGUCUAUCGAUUGUCCGCUCGCCGAAGAUCCGUACAGCAGACGAAGACCAGGCCGCUGCGAGGGUCGCCAGGUUCAUGGUGGUUGCCGCGUGGAGGAGGAGACGACAGGAGAUACGGUGCCUGAGGAAGACCUUGGAGUGUCAGGCGAACAGUUCUGAGCGUCUGCGUAUACAAGUGAGCACACUCAAGUCUCUGCUGGACUCGGACAACACGAAGGUGCGACUGGCCAUCAGGGAGCUGGAGCGACUGAAACUGCUGCUGCGGGAAAAGGAAGUUGAGAAGGCUUUGUCGGAAAGGGAGAAGCAAGCACUACAACAGGACAUUUGCAGCGCAGAGGAUAGAGCUGCAGAAAUGGCUGUCGGCUGGCGUAAUUGUCGCAAUGAGCUAGAGAACGUCCAAAAGUCGCUAGCUCUGGCGGAAGAAGACCUGCGCGCUGAGCGUACCCUCGUCGCAGAAGUCUCGGCUCAGAGGGUACACGCGUAUAACAGGUUGGCCCUGCUUCAAAAGGAGCUUGCAAAUCACGAAGAGAUGCUGUCUCAGAUGGAAGAAGAGGUCACAUCGUUAAAGCGCGAGGCGAGAGACAAACAGGAGGCCGUAGAAAAACUCAACGAUAACCUCAAUUUCGAAAUAGAGGCUCGCACACAGCUAUCCCGUGAGAACGCGGCGCUACAGUCAAAGUUGUCGCGCGUGAAGUCGGAGCGCGAUAACAUUGCGUCGCUGGUGGCCACCCUACGGGAACGACUGACGCACACGCAGCUCGAACUGGCCAGCACACGCCGCAGGGUGCUGUGGCCAAGACCUGUCAUGAGAUUGUUCCAGUGCGCGAGAUCGUGGCUUCACCCGUUGGCUCUCUCCGAGGCUCUCAUGUGGUCCCUCUUUCCUACACGAUACGGAUGUUAAACUACAGCUAAAUAGAUGAUAAACAACUUGAUAUAGAUGUCAAUUAUAAUUCAUUUAUGGCUAUAUACUCGUAGUCCAACGCGGAGCGCAUGUUUGUAAACUAACUAUCUAUUAAUCUGUAUCUGUUACAAAAAUUAAUAGAAAAAACAAAUUAAUAGAGCGAAAGCAACACAAUACCUACGCGAAUACGCGAUAGCCUUCGUGCUCUGCGACCGUGCUUUAGGUAAAAUAGCUAAUUUGUUAUUGAAAAAUAUUUUAUAAGUAUGAGGUAGGUAUUCGAAUUUCAUUCUACAUUUAACUUUUUUGGUAGGUAAGGUAUACAAAAGUUUUAUAGGUCCUCCUAGGUAUAUUAGUCUAUUUAUUUUAGAAAGAU